CCCGGCUCUCUGUUCCCUCCUCAUUCAGCCCGGCUCCACGAUGCAGAAAGGCCAGCUGUUGUCCGCGUGCGUGCUCUGCUGGAGCGUGGGCGCGUGCGUGGUCACGGCCAUCCAGAGGUCCGGUCUGUUCCCUUAUGGCUCUAUGAGUGGAGAUAUGAUCCUGGCAGAGGGCGACGAUGAAACGUCCAAAGUGCUGACCCUGCCCAGACCUUUCUACUUCUAUGACUCCCAGUUCUCCCAGCUCUAUGUGGCCACCAAUGGCAUCAUAUCGGCGCAGGACUUGCCCAUGGAGAAGCAGUACGUCGACGACGGCUUCCCCACAGAUUUCCCCGCAGUGGCUCCGUUUCUGGCGGACGUCGACACCAGCGGAGGGCGAGGACAGAUCUACUACAGGGUGACGGAGACGCCCAGCGUGCUCAACAAAGUGGCCCAGGAGGUACAUCGAGGGUUCCCCGAUUCUAAAUUCACACCCACACACGUUGUGGUGGCUACAUGGGAGAACGUGGCGGCAUAUGAGGAACAAAGUCGACACACUGGACCUUCCAACAAGGUCAACACGUUCCAGGCAGUCAUCGGUUAUGAUGAGACAGACUCGUACAUUCUCUUCCUCUACCCUGAAGGUGGCUUGAACUUCUUUGGGACACGGCCCAAGGAAUCGUACAACGUUGAGAUAGAACUUCCUGCUAGAGUCGGCUUCAGCAGAGGAGAGAUCACCUAUUUAAUCUUCUCUCGAACUGAGGGUCCUUACUACAGUGUGACCAGCGAUGAGCAAACUGUGAAAAACCUCUACCAGGUCGGUAACACCGGGAUACCAGGUGUUUGGCUGUUCCACACUGGAAACCGCUACUCUUUUGACAACAUUGUUCCUGCAGCCAUCGGUGGCAUCCUUGCUACACCGCCAGCUGGAGGACAUGGUCUUUCUCUGGACACCACCACCCCUGAGUACGCAGAGUUCGAGGAAUAUCCAGACAACACUUUUGACCCCGACAACCAGGAGGAGGAGGAAGACGAUGAUUACCCUCUGACAGGCGGGGACCCUGAAUUCCAGCCCGCCCCCGCUGGUGGGGACCAGCCCGAGCCCCUUCAACCAGCGAGGCCCGACGCAGCCUCGUCCCCUUCAAAGGAUUCUAACCGGCACGGCAGUGAAGAUGUACCGCUGACGUCUGAACCCCGGUACAGUCCAGAGCCGGUGGAGAGGCACUAUGCUCCACCUAGUCCAGAGCAGACUCAGGACCAGCAGCCACAGGCUCCUCUGGAGGUGGUGGAUGUCUACCCCCCCCACAGGAACGAACCCCCUCUCUCCCCCGGAGGUCACGUGGUCAGCGUGGAUGAAGACGAUGUUGAUUUCGACACAGGAGUGAUUCAGUACACUACAGAGAAUAAGGAAACAUGUGCCAGAUUCCAACAGCAGUGCUCCCAGAAUGCCUUGUGCUCAGACUACCCCUCAGGCUUCUGCUGUCACUGCCAGGCUGGUUUCUAUGGAAACGGACGCCACUGUCUACCUGAGGGUGCUCCUCAGAGAGUUAGCGGGAAGGUGAGCGGGACAGUGACCGUGGGUUCGACUCCCGUGCCGCUUAACAACAUCGAUCUGCACGCCUACAUCGUGGUGGGAGAUGGUCGAGCGUACACCGCCAUCAGCGAGGUGCCUGAGCCGGUGGGCUGGGCUCUAAUGCCCCUUGCACCAAUCGGAGAGCUGUUUGGAUGGCUGUUUGCUCUGGAGCUGCCCAAUAGCCAAGCAGGAUUCAAAAUCACAGGCGCUGAGUUCACUCGUCAUGCAGAGGUUAUCUUUUACCCCGGCAACCAGCGCCUGUCAAUCAUCCAGACGGGCCGUGGCCUUGACGACCACAACCACCUGACUGUGGACACUGUGCUGAGUGGAAACGUGCCCUUCCUGCCCCCUGGAGCUGAAAUCACCAUGGACCCCUUCAAGGAGACCUACCAGUACUACCCAUCUGUUGCCACCUCCACCUCGGUGAGGGAGUUCACGGCGGUCUCGGCCGAGCGGGGCUCCGAGUCCUUCUCGUUCCAGCUCAAGCAGAACAUAACCUACCGCGACUGUCGCCACGGCAACCGCGCCCCGGCUCCGGAGACGCUGCAGAUCUCCAUGGAGAGGGUGUUUGUGAUGUACGUGAAGGAGGAGCGCAUCCUGAGAUACGCCAUCACCAACAAGAUCAGCCCGGUGGGAGUUGAGCCAUCCGGGCCAGAGCUGGUGAACCCAUGCUACGCUGGGAAUCACGACUGUGACACCACAGCGCAGUGCAUCCCACUGGAAGGCCAGGACUUCCAGUGCCAGUGUGCCACUGGUUACAGAGGAGAUGGACGCAACUGUUAUGACGUAGACGAGUGUGCUGAGAACCAGAGUUCCUGCGGGGCUCACGCUCAGUGUGUGAACCUGCCGGGCAGCCAUCGCUGCCAGUGCCAGAGCGGCUACGAGUUCGGCUUCGAUGGGCGUACCUGUGUUGAUAUGGAUGAAUGCAGCUCCUCUCCUUGUCACACCGAUGCCAGAUGUAUCAACGGGCUGGGAUCCUUCCAGUGUCAGUGCAGGCUUGGGUUCUAUGGGGACGGUUUCUAUUGUUCUCAGCAGGAAGGUCAGACAGUCCGCCCUAAGAGCCAGUGUGAGCAGCACAGAGAUAACCUGCAGAGCAGAGGGGAGCCAAGUGUUGGAGCCUUCAUCCCACAGUGUAACUCUAACGGACAGUACCGAUCACAGCAGUGUCACGGCUCCACGGGACAUUGUUGGUGCGUGAACAGCAGGGGGCAGGAGAGAGUGGGGACCAGGACUCCACCUGGUACAGCACCCACAGACUGUGACAUACCAGAUGAGCCAGAGCGUCCCAGAACUCACUGUGAGCACCACAGAGACAGCGUGCAGACCACCAGUCCAGAGGGGUACCCUAUACUUGGAGCCUUCGUACCUCAGUGUGACGAUAUUGGGCAGUAUGUUCCUUUGCAGUGUCAUGGUUCCUCUGGACAUUGUUGGUGUGUGGACCAUAAUGGACAGGAGAGAGAUGGGACAAGAACACCACCUGGUACAACACCAACAGACUGUGACAAACCAGAUGAGCCGGAGCGUCCCAGAACUCACUGUGAGCAUCACAGAGACAGAGUGCAGACCACCAGUCCAGAGGGGUACCCUAUAGUCGGAGCCUACGUACCUCAGUGUGACGCUAACGGACAGUACAGAUCAUUACAAUGUCAUGGUUCCACUGGACACUGUUGGUGUGUGGACAGUAGGGGGCAGGAGAGAGCAGGAUCCAGAACUCCUCCUGGCACACCAAGCAAAGACUGUGACAAACCAGAUGAGCCAGAGCGUCCCAGAACUCACUGUGAGCACCACAGAGACAGCGUGCAGACCACCAGUCCAGAGGGGUACCCUACACUUGGAGCCUACGUACCUCAAUGUGACGCUAACGGACUGUACACACCCCUGCAGUGUCACGGCUCUAGUGGACACUGCUGGUGUGUAGACGGCAAUGGGCAGGAAAGAGCGGGAACCAGGACCUCACCCGGGGCACCACCAACAGACUGUGACAAAGCAGAUGAACCAGAGCAUCCUAAAACUCACUGUGAGCAGCGCAGAGACCGAGCACAGGCUUCCAGUUCAGAGGGAUAUCCUAUACCAGGACUGUUUGUUCCUCAGUGUGAUUCCAAUGGACAAUACACCCUUCAACAGUGUCACAGCUCUACUGGAUAUUGUUGGUGUGUGGACAACAGGGGAGAGGAGAGAGCUGGAACCAGGACUCCACCUGGUUCAACACCUGUGGACUGUGAAAGACCAGAUGAACCUCAACGUCCUCAAAGUCACUGUGAGCACCACAGAGACAGCGUGCAGACCACCAGUCCAGAGGGGUAUCCUUUAUAUGGAGCAUAUGCACCUCAGUGUGACGCUAAUGGACAGUACACACCCCUGCAGUGUUAUAGCUCCACUGGAGAAUGUUGGUGUGUGGACAGUACAGGGCAGGAGAGACCAGGAACCAGAACCUCAGCUGGUACUCAACCCAAAGACUGUGACAAACCAGUCCCUGUAGCUCCGACCCAGCGUCCUGAGAGUGUGUGUGAACGGUGGAGAGCGAGCUUGAUCGAGCACUACGGAGGAAAACCAGAGGCGCAGCAGUACGUGCCUCAGUGUGAUGCAGAUGGACAGUUCAGACCUGUCCAGUGUUAUGGAGAGACCACUUACUGCUGGUGUGUAGACCAGGACGGGCGAGAGGUCCCUGGUACCAGAUCGCACGAUGUCGUCAAACCAGCAUGCCUUCCCUCGGUGGCCCCGCCCACCGUGCGCCCAUUGCCCAACCCGGUCGUGACCCCUCCCCCAAACACUGACAUCACCCUGCUGUACGCCCAGGGGCAGAAGAUCGGAGCGCUGCCUCUCAACGGGACACGGCUGGAUGCGGCCCGCUCAAAAACACUGCUGACUCUACAUGGUUCCAUAGUGGUCGGUAUAGGCUAUGACUGCAGAGAGAACCGAGUCUAUUGGACCGAUUUGUCCGCAAGAACAAUCAACAGAGCUUCGAUGGCGCCCGGAGCCGAGCCGGAGAUCCUCAUUAACACGAAUCUGGUCAGUCCAGAGGGGCUGGCGGUGGACGCCAGUCGCAGGUUAAUGUUCUGGGUCGACUCCAACCCCGACAUGAUCGAGAGCGCCAACCUGGACGGCAGCGGGAGGCGGACGCUGUUCGACACAGACUUGGUCAACCCCAGAGCCAUCAUAGUGGUCCCUUCAACUGGAGCUCUGUACUGGACCGAUUGGAACAGAGAGGCUCCAAAGAUCGAGAGUUCUUCAGUGGACGGUCAGAACCGCAGGGUGGUGGUGUCUGACGGGAUCGGACUGCCCAACGCCCUCACCUAUGACACCACCUUGGGACAAGUGUGUUGGGCCGAUGCAGGUACGAAGCGUUUGGAGUGUGUGUCUCCUGAUGGUUCAGGGCGGAGAGUGGUCCACCCCAGUGUCAACUACCCGUUCAGCAUGGUCUACUACAGGAACCACUUCUACUACACGGACUGGAGGAGGGACGGAGUGAUCGCAGUGAGCAAAGACAGCAGUCAGUUCACUGAUGAAUACCUGCCGGACCAGCGCUCUCAUCUGUACGGCGUUGCCAUAGCAACUAGCCAGUGUCUAUCAGGGAGCCAUUAACAACGGACUGUCAGAGUCCUUUUGGUGCUAAAGUUCUGGGGGGUGAAUCCUGAUCAGAGGGCAGGAGCCAAACGAUGAAAUGCCCCCUUCACUGUCCCUCAGGAGAAAAGGACACUCAGUAUUGAUCAAGAUGGCUUCCCGUCUCCAGAUCGAACGUCAGAGCAAAUUUACAACCCCCUCCACUCCCCCUGACCCCGCCCCCUGUUAUCUCACCAUAAAGGUAUAACCCCAAAAUAAAUGUUUUGUAAAUUUGUUUUAUACCUCAUUUUAAGUUUUUUUUCUACUGUAUUUUUGUACGUGAGUUAUUUUGUUUUUGUUUUUCUAUCGAUAAAAGCUACAGGAGAUCAAAUUGAAUUGUGUGUGAGUAAAGGUUGUGUGUUCUUUAAACGCCAAAGAAGAAUCGCAUCAGGAGCUUUUUUAAGUGUUCGAGCCAAAGUUCUGUUUGUGAAGCUGAGCGUCAGCUUUGUUUUUGGUCCGCUGGUCUACAGGGGCUUUUCAAUUUCAGUCAUGAUUUAACAGCAAAUAAAAAUAGACGCCAAAGAAGUGGAAUAAUGUCUUGUUUAUUGUCUGAGAGAUUCAGAAUAAUACAACUCUAGUGUCUAUAAUAUCAUAUUUCAUGGCAGCUGUUCCCCCUGCUUUCAGUCCCUAAUCCAAGCUAAGCUAACCGGCUAACGGAUUUAGCUACAUGCUGGUAGACAAAGCUAACAGUUUUCCACUUCUAGCUUAGCGUGAGGGGAAUUGAACUAUUCUUUGUUUUGCUAAGAUGUUAAACCUGUCACCACUUACAAUUCUGAACGUUAAAUAUGAAGACAGAUAGGCUAUGGGAGACAGUUAGCUUAGUAGCAAAAUAACAGAAACAGGCUAGUUUGGCGUCAUUGAAAACUACCAGCAACUUUAGCACUCACUUACAAACAUAUACAUCUUUUGAGUUUCAUCAGGACAGAAAUUACAUGACUAUAUGGAAGGGGGGCUCAAAUGAAAUUUCAAGCUAUUUCUAGUUGCUAGGCUAGCUGUUUCUACCUGAUUUUGGUCCUAAUGCUAUCAUAAGCUAAUCGUUUGUUGGCUUUAGCCUGUUAAAAUAUUAAUAUGGAUGUUCUGAUUGAAGUAUAAACCACCUUUCCAGAUAUUGCAAGCUAGGUUGAAAAUAAUGGACAUUUUAAAGCAUCAGUUUUUGAAUCAUGACUUUAAUAAUGAUAUCAUGUUUCCCUCAGCCCUGUGUACCAGUCUGAUCAGACUACAGUCCUCCACUAACAAUCUGUUUUUCACACAUCAUGAGAUGACCUUACAUCCUUCCUUUUGCCAAAUAUUUUUUACUAAAUCUACUUUUCAAAUCUUUAUCUUUUUAUAAGAUGUGAUAUUUAUAACAAUAAAAUGUGAUUUGGUACUUGA